AGCUGCAGAAUGUUGGCCCUGUUCAAUAUAGAUUAAUAAAUGGAAUGACAAGGAAUUGAAACUCAAAGCCUCCUACAUCUGGGUUGGACAUUUAUUAGCUGUCAGUGAAUCCAGUCAUGGUGAAAGAGAGGGAAGCUGAAACGAUGGAUUCAAGAGGAAACUAGUUGGCUCUCACGGUGCAACAUGGCAAUGGAGGCGUCACUCAGACUAGUUUGACAUGCACUGAUGACCUUUCUGCAGAACAGCACAGACCCAGACCAAGAGGAGGGGUCCUUUACUCAUCCCUCUCAGACAAGAGCACCACGCCCAGCUGCCAUCUCGGUUGAUUGUUGUACCUUGAUGUCAGAGCUCCAUCGUCCACACCCUCAAAUCAGUGUGGUGUUCAUUCCCCUAACGAGGACGCUGACAUUUUCUGUUGGAUGAAGGCCUCAAAAAAGACGAAAUCUCUGAGCAGCCAUGCAGCUGCAGUGAAGCCUCAGAAGGAUGGAUAUCAUCUCCCAUCUCAUGAUGCCUUGGCACAGAUCCUUCCUGGUUACCGGAGCCUCUGCAACGUAGCGAAGGCCGAGCUCCAAAAUGCAACCCAUCAGCAGCAGGAGAGAGAAACUACACAGGCCAACAAACCCAAGAUAAACCAAACAUAUCAAGUUCAUCAUCCACAUAAACGACCCCCACUGCAUGAUUUUGAGGGUGAUCCCAUCAUGGCAGAGAUCAACAACCUCCAAACUAAGGAGUUAGAGAACUAUCGCUCUGCCGUGAGUAGGAUGGCAGAAGACAUCAUAGCACUGAGGACACAGGUGGUGACGUUGGAGACAGAAAACAGUCGGCUCCGCACUGAUCUGUCUCUGCACCAGGACGUUGGCCGAGAUCUGCUGGAUGACUCAGACAUCGCCGUCAUGACCAAAGCUGAGAUCGCUGACCGUAUAGCUUCUCUGAAAUUCAAGCUGGCCAGUGAGACCAGUAAAGGGGCGACACAGAGGGACAGAAUCCACCAGCUACAGAAAGAGCUGAUCAAGAAGAAUGACAGAGAGAAGGAGCUGAUGAAACUCACCAGAGGUCACAACCAGCAGGAGGAGCCACAGCAUCAGAGUCACGUGACAAAGAUGGCCACUUUGGAGACAACAGGAAAAAAACAGGAAAAGGUCAUUAAGAAGAAGGAGGAAGCAUUAGAGAAUAAACUCAGGGAGAAGAACAGACAAAGUCUUGACAAGGGAAUGUUGUUGGAAAAGCAAAGAGAUGAGUGUAAAGGUUCGACUGACUGCAGAACAGAAGAGGUGGAGUCAGUCCUGGCAGGUGAAAACUCUCGUCUACAUGAAGAGCUGCACAGGAUUCGCCGGCAGACAUUCGCCGUCAUUCAACAGGAGUCAGCACAGGAUAAAGAGGCACUACCACUCAAGGAGAGACUGAGUUUACUAAAUAAAUUGGAGAAGGCCGAAGCAAGAGUCCAAACUCUGGAGGCGCAGCUGGAGGAGAACUCUAAAGUGUGGGGGAAACAGAAACAGGAAAUCUUGACCAAACUUAAUGAGCACAGGCACGGCUUCAUCCGAACAUCAUCCACCACAAUCCUUCAUAAUGUUUCUCCAAUAACUGUAUCAGAUUCUUACAUCAGCAAAGCACACAGGAACCUGAAAAACAACCGGUAAAUGAAAUAUAGGAUGAAGGAAUGGGCUAAGAAA